AUGGCCGCAACUCUCCUGCUAGUGUUUCUUGCCUUUGGGGUGCUAUGGUUCCAUCAUCUUAUCCGCCUCUCGCUUAAACGUCGACGUCUUCCUCCUGGUCCUAAGGGGCUUCCACUCAUAGGGAACCUUUGGGAUGUUCCCGCAGAGUACCCGUGGCUCACCUACGCUCGAUGGGCUGCCACCUAUGGCGACGUCUUUUAUUUGGAUACUCCCGGAAAUCCUACCAUUGUAAUUAACUCUGCACAAGCAGCGGCGGACCUGUUCGAAAAAUGUUCUGGGAAUUAUUCCGAUAGACCUGAUUACACCAUGGCCAAGUUAUCAGGAUGGGGGACUAUCAUGGGUUUUAUGAGAUACUCCGACCAGUGGAGAAAACGUCGCCGAAUGUUUCAUCAAUACUUUCAGCCUCGUGCAGUUCCAGCGUACUAUCCUGUGCAGAUGAAAGCGACGUUGGUCUUGUUACAACAGCUGCUUAAAUCUCCAGAUGAGUUCGUUCGCCGUGUUCGCCAUCAUGCUGGCUAUGUUAUUAUGAAAACCGUCUAUGGAUACGAUAUUGAUCCAAGCGGUGAUCGAUUUGUGGACCUAGUGGACCGGGCUCUAGAAGGUAUUCGCCACUCCGGGAAUAUGGGAUAUUUUCUCGUCGACUACAUCCCGAGUUUGCAAUAUCUUCCGCGAUGGUUUCCUGGUGCAAACUUCAUCAACCUUGCGCGCAACUGGAACAAAGAAGUCCAAGACAUGAAGCAAGAGCCAUACGAAUAUGCUUUGCAAUCACUGGCUAAAGGCCUCGCCUCGCCUUCGUUAGUCUCCGAAAAUAUAAGAAAGGUGAAGCAGUUAGCUGCGCCGGAGAGUGCGGCACACCUUGACGUCAUCCGUGAUACAGCGGGGGUAGCCUUUGCCGCGGGCGCCGAUACUACGGUGUCAACCAUUGUUUCUGUGAUACUCGCUUUCGUUCUCUACCCCGAGGUACAAGCUAAAGCUCAGGCCGAGCUCGACGCUGUUGUCGGUCCCAAUCGCCUGCCGAAUUUCGAUGACCGUCCACAGCUUCCUUAUAUUGACGCUGUACUGAUGGAAGCACUGAGAUGGAAUCCUGUCGUGCCAAUGGGUAUUGACCAUCGCAGUAGGCAAGAGGAUAUCUACAGAGGAUAUUACAUUCCUGCGGGCACGACCGUUGUCGGUAACGUUUGGGCCAUACUACACGACGAAAAAGACUAUCCCAACCCACUAGUCUUCGAUCCCGAACGAUUCAUGUCCAGCGAUGGGAGAGAACCUCAACCGGAACCCACAGCCGCCUUUGGUUUUGGGAGACGUAUCUGUCCGGGUCGUUAUCUCGCAUUGAACACAGCGUGGAUCGCCAUUGCGUCUAUGGCCGCGACCUUGUCGUUUUCCAAGGCCGUAGAUUCUGAAGGCCAUAUUAUUGAACCUAGUGAUACUUAUACAAAUGGCUUUCUGAGCUUUCCUGUGCCUUUCAAAUGCACGAUCAAGGCGCGUUCUGCUCAGGCGCAAGCGCUGAUAGACACUGGCGGAUUGUAACACUUUCGGAACAUGUAAUUUUAAACACUACACUUAUGAAGGAGAAGUCGAACUUCCAUCCUGAUGAUUCGGUAAGAAUGUUGCUGCAUCUAUACUAAAUCGACCCUAGGGUGGGAGAUGUCAACGCUUGAGCUACACAAAUAAACAAUGAUGCGGUAAAAAGGCAAUGACAGUGCUCAGGAGAACAGAUCCUAGUACGGUGAGACAGUUGAUGUUAUAGAAUAACAUUAAUACCACUAGCAAAAUUGAGAGCAAUCCAUAUCAUGGAAGAAAGCACGACGACGACGAUUA